GGAGACGGUUGGACAAGACUCCUUUCCGCCGCGCCCGCCACCAUGCCCCACUCCGCAACCUUCUUCGUUGGUAUUUUCACGUUAUUGUCUGCAACAGUUCUGGUGUCGUCUGUUAAGGUUGUAAUAGUGCCCUAUGGGUCCUCUCAACUGAGGGCUGUGGGUGAUCCGGUGUCGCUAAGAUGUUCAGUCCGGGGACAGGUGCACGGAUCCAGGGUGGACAUGCGCUGGCUGGACCCUGCUGGUCAGCCCAUAUCAUCAACGGAGGAUGUGAGCUCAUCAUCAAGACGAGUAUAUUCACGAAGAACUUAUCCGAGAGAAGCACAGCUAUUUUUUAGCCGUCUACAGGAAGAAGAUUUUGGCAUCUACACGUGCCUUGUCAUUCAUGAAGGACGGUAUUACAGGCGAUCCGUUACCCUUCAGGUUUACAAGCCCAUCGAGUACCUGAAUUGUCCCGAGACCCAGACGUUAUAUAGGGGACGACCCGGGUUGGUCUCCUGUGAGGUAACAGCUUCUCCCAAGCCUGUCGUCAGUUGGACAUCGAAGGGACGAAUUAUUACCACAGAUCAAAGGAAUGAAGUCACCGCACACGGGCUUAAAAUCUACGAUGUAAAAGACGAGGACACUGGAAAUUAUUAUUGUAUGGCCACUCUUACUUCCCAGGGGGUCUUCAAAACGCGAACGAUCAAAGUCCGUGUUGUGGAACCGCCCGUGGAGGAAGCUCGAGCCCCUCAUAUUGCUCGCGUUCAGCUUUCCGCGCCCAGACCCCAAGACGACGUGACCCUCACCUGUGUGGUGGCCGGAAAUCCCGCUCCGGAUAUAGAGUGGUUCAGAUACGAGGAUGUAAGCUACCAACUAGUAACGGGCGAAGGACUCUCGUCUGUGGAGGAGACCAAACAGGAAGGCCUCACGGUUGGGAUACUCCAUGUGACCCCCGGGCGCGCUCAGGAGGUGGACUCCUACAUGUGCUCAGCUCUCAAUAUACAUGGCCAGGACAGGCAGAGGUUUAACCUGACUCGCUACAAUGAAACAGACGAGUCAAUAUUGCCGCCAAACAUUGACAGAAUUCACAUGAACAGAACACAGGGAUCAUUCCAUGACGUCAUGGUAACAUGUAUUGCCUCUGGAUCCCCCACCCCAGCCAUGGCCUGGGUCCGUCGUGGGGAUGCUACACACAACGACCCUAUUCAGUCUCGUGGACGAUUCGUAGUGACAGAAGAUCAGACGGAUGGCAAGGCUGUACUUACGUUGGUCAUAAAAGAGGCUACUCCCGAAGACCAAGGCAUUUACAUUUGUUCUGCUACAAACAAGAAAGCCAGUGUCAGACAACAGUUUGAGUUCGAUAUUCUAGAUGCCCCUCCAGAGAAGCCAGAAGCCCCGCACAUUUCUCGGGUCCAUGUGAAUCGAACUGGAGCCGGGGCGGAGGACACAACAGUCACGUGUGUGGCAGAGGGCAUCCCUCCUCCACAUAUCGGCUUUACACGACAAACUCCGACAGGAACCUACCAGCAGCUUGAGCCGAAUGACCGAAUAGAGGUGAAGGAGGAAGGCACGCCGGGGCAGACGACGGUGUCAGUCACGUGGAAGAAAAGUGUAUCUGAAGACGCAGGCGUGUACCAAUGUGUGGCAUCUAACAUUGCUGGCAGUAUGAACCAGCAGUUCGAAAUAUACGCGAAAGAUUGGCAACCCACAAAUCUGUGGCCCCCACAGGUGUUAAGGCUUCAUGUAAAUCGUACCAGUGGGAAGGAGAGGAACAUAACGGUUACUUGUGAAGCUAUCGCCACGCCCACGCCACACAUGAACUGGUUAAGACAUGGAGAAAUCAUCUUUCCUGAUGAGAGGAGAAGCGUCUCCCAGAAGUUUGAAAGUGACACUGGAGUACUGGUGCUAGGCAUUCGAAAUGCCCGCCCCGACGACGACGGCACUUACACCUGCUCUGCUGUCAAUAUUGCCGGGAAGGCCGAGCAGAACUUUACCCUAGAAACCCGAGGUCAUGGGACACAACAGACCAUCUUCCACAGGGAAGACUACUUUGUGGAGGGAACGGAGGAUUGGUCCCAGUUUGGUCACGCCAGCCAGUUGCGGGGUAGUCAGUGGUAUUACCAUACCCAGAGUCAACAAGAUCAGCCUGGUCCUCCGAGUUUUGUUCAGCUAGCUAGUCACACGUCCAACAAGGUCGUAUUGCGGAUCUCGCGCCCGCACACCUCCAAGGGCAUCACCCAGUAUCGUGUGAAAUACUCGUUUGGAGGAUACGAACCGACAGAAAAAUAUGUAGACUUUCAGAAAGACGCUGCGUAUACUGAUGUUGCGCUGGAGAAUCUGUUACCAUCUACGACCUACCAAAUCCAAGUGUCUUCCGUGUCGAACACAGGGCAAAGUCGGCCACUAGUAUUGUCUUUUACAACGCCUCAGUCAACGUUCCAUUCCCAAGGCCAACUAGGAGCCUCCGAAGAUCUGGAAUGGCUGCGCAAGAAGAAGAAAGUGCCACAGUCUGUACCCAGCCGACUGGAAAUAGAGGGUGUAGAAAACAAUGUUCGCGCAGUCUGGCUAAGCUGGGAUUGGGUCCCCCGUGUGAAACCGGCAGACUAUGUGCAGGGGUUCCAGGUGCUGUACUCGUCGGACCCACAGUCACCUUACGAGAGCUGGAGGACUGCCGAGGUGACCGGUGACACCAGUCGCUCUUACAUCAUACAGGGCCUGCAGGCAGGACAGGAAUACUCAUUUAUUGUCAGGGGCAGAAACCGUCACGGACUUGGACCGAAUUCGAAACGGAUGGUCUACAGAGUACCCCAGGUACCAGAAAUCCCACCUGGAGACUUCUCGGUAGAGAGCGUAAGGGGUAAACCCACAGAUGUUCGCUUUUCCUGGACGGCUCUGGAUAGGGAGAAUGCUGGUGCUGAUGUGACAGAAUAUCGCAUCUACUACAGUACCUCUCUGAACCAACCUGUGAGUAAGUGGAUGCAUCAGUCAGUCCCGGCGGAUGAACACUCAUACAGCCUCACCGGCCUUAGUCCAGCUACAACCUACUACUUCAGGAUUCAGUCUCGAAACAAUGACGGGGGCAGUCCUGUUUCUUCCUACAUUGUCUACAGAACACCAACAGUGCGUCUGUCAGAUCCUCCUUCCUAUGUGGAUGUUUCAACUACUUCGCCCACGCAGGUCAACUUAAGGAUAAACAGGCCAGUGAACAGUGGCGGGUAUCCUGUGGACGGCUAUGUGGUGGAGUACGAGCCCGCUCAAAGCCGGCGCAGUUCUAACAGACAGGUGUUGGAUACAGAUGACGCCUACGUUGUUGACUUUGUCAUCCGUAACCUCAAUCCCUCGACCGAAUACAUAUUCCGUGUGUCAGCCCGGACGAGGAUGGGGUACAGUAAACCGACCGAGCUGCGGUUCUCAACACCAAGGCAAAGCACCGCUGGCUACCCGAGCCAAACUGGGCAAACCGAAGAUACCAAAUGGCUGAAGAAAACUGGAUCUCACAGUCUAUCCUCUAAUCUUCUGAAGCCAAGAGACCUGACAACAGAAUAUGACCCCGCUUCUGCAAAAUUGACUUUACGGUGGAAGCGCCCCCUGUUGCCAACCGUCAGAGUAAAAGGAUAUACCGUGUUAUGGUCACCUAGUGUAGAAGGUGCGGAAGCACUGGUGCUAAAUGUGCCGGGUAGACAAACAUCAGCAGAGAUAACCAAUUUGCUACCAAACACAGUAUACCGCUUUCAAGUUCGAACGGAGAGCAGUAGUGGCACAAAGUCACCCUACACUUCUGCCGUCACCUUCAAGACUCCAGCUCUUCCCGACCCACCAAGCGACCUGAGCAUUGAACAAGGAGAGGGAGAUUCGGCAGCCAUCCGCAUUGCCCGACCCCGUAACCUAAUGGGCAACCCUCUCAUUGGUUACCGUGUCCGCUACUUUGCCGCCGACGAAGAAGGGACGGGAAGCUUUGAAGAAGUAUCUAUUGAAGCCUCCACAGGGUCUGUAUACACCCCCAUUAACGUGAAGGGCUUGUCUCCUGGAAUCAAGUAUAAGUUUGAGGUGGUGAGCCAGACGUCUGCCGGCUUCAGUUCGCCACGCACCAUCGAGUUCAUUACACCGCAACGAUUCCAGCAUCAGGGGCAGGUUAGAGUGGAACAAGAAAGUCUCGGAUCACAGCAGUCACAGGAUGAAAAUCUCGACCUGGCGUGGCUGAAGGAGCUUGAGAGACAACAAACCCAGGAACAAGUGACCAGUAAACCCGGAGUGACGGCGAGGCCAGCAGGCAGAGAACCAACAACGUCUUACACCCUGUCUUGGGAUGUCUUCCAGGGAAACCUGGCCGGACUGGUCAAGUACAUUGUUUCUUAUAGAGAGGUGAAUGUGGAUCCCGUCACUGAGGAAGUUCUCGAUAUUUCCUCCGAUUACGUGCACACGGACGUAGAUCCGCAUACACACAGUCUGCAGCUCGACAACCUCGUCCGUAACCGUCAUUACCAGAUCGAGGUGACGGCUAUCAGCCGAGUCGGACCGUCUAUCCUCAAGUACACCAUCAAGAAGUUCAUCUACUGGGUACCCCCGAAAACCAUCUCCCCGCCUCAUAUCGCAGAUAUCUACCAGAAUAAGACCGGAGCGGAAGGUGAGGAUGUGAUGAUGACCUGUGAGGCCACAGGCUCCCCGGGUCCUCGUCUGUCGUGGCUAAAAAAGAUUGACGAUGGUUACCGUCGUGUUCAGACCGGGGAUCGCUUUGACAUCCACGAAAAGAUCAGUAAGACGAAAGCCGUCACCACGUUAGUUAUCCGUGACGUCACCAUUGAUGAUUAUGGCACAUACGCCUGCUCGGCGGUUAGCCCCGCCGGUAACUCCAGUCACAACUUCAAAUUUAUGGCAGAUGUGCCCGUGGUGGAUCCACAGGCUCCGCACGUCUACCGAAUUCACGUGAACCGCACAGGACCCACGGGAGAAGACAUUAUGGUCACGUGCAAAGCCUCCGGGCGUCCGAGACCGGACAUGAAGUGGAUGAGAAAUGCGCAGACGCUGUUUCCCAGUAAGGAGGGUCGUAUUACAACAAGCUCAACAGAGGGCGACGACGAGACAGUCCUAACUCUUCUCAUCAGAUAUCCAGUCUCCGGAGAUGCUGGCACUUACCACUGUGUCGCCAAAAACUCUGUCGGAUCGACCAAGCAAAAAUUUACCAUAGAGACUGAAUAUUCCCCGGAGAACCUGGUAGCGCCUCACAUCAGCCGAAUCCAUGUGAACCACACAGGGGAAGAGGACAAGGACGUUCUCGUGAUUUGCCAAGCCUCGGGCAGCCCCGCACCGGAGUUACGCUGGUCUAGACUCAAUGACAAAGGCACUUACGAUAUUGUUUGGCCUGGGGACCGCCAUGAGAUCACACAGACUGAGGACAUUGACUUCACAGAGAACCAAAUGGUCAUCCGAGGAGUGACGGAGGCAGACUAUGGCACAUAUCGCUGUACAGCUGCCAACUUUGCCGACACGGUUCACCAGAAUUUUGAUAUAAGCUUUGUUCGUCCAGAGAACGUGGUUGCCCCUCAACUGACUCGAUUAUCGAUCUCUCAACUGGUCAGUGCCGACAACGACAUCUCAAUCAUCUGCACGGCGACAGGUAGCCCAGCUCCAGAGAUGAGUUUGAUGAGGAAGAACUCAGAAGGGGUGUAUGAAUUUGUGUUUCCGGAUGAGCGAAUGACAAUCGAGCAGGACAAGGGAGUAAAGGUGACCACUUUCUCCCUCAACAUCGAUGACCCGGCUCCAUAUGACACCGGUGACUACGCUUGCUCUGCUGCAAAUAUUGGUGGCAGAGUGCAAGAGCAGUUUCUACUGAACCCAGGAGAACUUCCGGUGACGAACCUGGAAAGACCAGCGGUUGUAAGAAUAAACACGCAGGCCCCAGAGAAUAGGGGUGGAGACGUGUCCUUGACGUGUGUAGCAAGCGGUACCCCCGCCCCAGAUGUCAACUGGCAGGCAUUUGGGCAGGAGAUAGAGGCAAAUGAGAAGUACGCCAUUAAACAGACAAAGGGCAUUCGCGAGACUCUGACCAAACUGACGAUCAGGAAAGGCAGCGUGGAUGACGCUCACCCAUACACCUGCUCUGCCAGAAACAUUGUGGGCAGAGAUAGUAAAGUGUACGCACUCACCAUCCAAGAUGUGCUGUCGGCAGAGAAUAUCCACGCCCCUCAUAUUGAGCAUGUUCACCUGAACACGACGGGCCCAGAAGGAGCCGAUGCCACACUCACCUGCAUGGCCGAUGGAUAUCCUGCACCCGAAAUGACACUUCUUAAACAAAGUCAAGUUGGAACCUUCGAGAGACUAAAGAGUCUUCCCUCACGCCGAGUUAGGAAGUUCGAGGAAGGUGAAAAGUCGUACAUUCAGCUCGUGAUCUCCCCGGCCACGAAGGAGCACGCCGGUGUGUACAGAUGUUCCGCCGAAAGCGCGGUAGGAGCAGUCACUCAGGACAUACAGGCCGAUCUGCCAGUUAAAGUGCUGGAAAACGCUGAACUGCCUCACAUUUCCCGCAUACACAUAAACCGUACCGGGCACGACAGGGCUGAUAUCACGGUGACCUGCAUCGCCCGUGGCUACCCCACACCUGAGAUGAAGUGGCUGAGGUUUGACGAGCUGGUCCUGCCCCGAGGGCGUUUCAGCAUACAGCAGAACAAAGGUGUGAACCAGACAGUGAUAAGCCUGACCAUUCUGCAAGCCGUGCCCGAGGACGAGGGUUCGUACAGGUGCUCCGCGGUCAACUUUGCCGGCAGUGUCGGCCAGCUUUUUGACAUAGAACUCCAAGACGCCGUGGCGAAGUAUCGCCCCCACAUCAACCGCAUCCAUGUUAACUGGACGGGAAUAGAGCAUGACGACCUUCAAGUCACUUGCGUAGCCAGUGGACAGGCGGAAAUGAGCUUUUGGAAGAUGACUGACAAAGAUUAUGAAAUUGUCUUACCACUCGACAAUAUCGAAAUUGAUGACGAUAAAACUGAUGACCGGACAAUUUUGACCAUGAUGCUGAGACGCCCCACCCCGGAGCAGGCGGGAGAGUAUCAGUGCCUGGCACGGAACCCUGCCGGAGAGGCCACACAGCCGUUCACCCUCGAAACAGAAGUGUUACCGGUGCCUGAAGAUUCCGUCCAACCUCACGUGUCUCGAAUUCACGUGAAUCGCACGGGAGAAGGUGACCGUGACAUAGCGGUCACGUGCCGUGUGGAUGGCAUACCUGCUCCGGCCACAAACUGGCUUCGGAGGGAUAAAACAGGACAGUUCGAGUUUGUCUGGUCGGAUGAGCGUUAUUCUAUUUACGAAUACCGGGACUCUAAGGGCACCACUCUUACCAUGACCAUAUCUCAGCCCACCCCUGCUGACGAUGGUAUCUUCCUCUGCUCAGCCUCCAACAUUGCAGGAAAUGCCCACCAUCCGUUCACCCUUAAUGUCUUCGAGAAACCUCCCCAAAACCAGGUCCCUCCGUCGGUGAAAUGGAUCCACGUGAGUCGUGCCGGGCCAAAUGACGAGGACGUUGUGGUGACGUGUAUAGGGGUGGGGUCUCCGGCUCCAGAGGUGGGGUUGUGGCGGCGGGACAAGGAACAAGGAGAUGACUUUCUUAUACAGGUUGGUGGGAGAGUGUCGGUGAACUACACGAAGGGUACAGACGAGACGACUUUGAAUGUACGCUUCCUAAAGGCACAGGUGUCGGAUGAAGGCACCUAUGUGUGCUCGGUGGCAAACAUGCUGGGAGCCGUUAAACAAGCUUUUGACCUUCAUGUAGAGAAUACUCUGCCCACGAGACGAGAAAUCCCUCACAUCAGCCGGAUCCACAUCAACAAGACCGAAGACGGAGACGUCAUGGUCGUGUGUUUGGCCAGUGGGCUGCCUCGACCUCUCAUGGACUGGCUAAGGCCCAAUCAGGAUGGCGUUCCAAAGUCUAUGGAGAUAAAGAACUAUCACGUGGUAGAAAUUGACCAAGUAAACAACACCAAGACCUUCACCCUUAUCAUCCAACAGCCAACUGCAUUGGAUCGUGGAGAUUAUUAUUGCUCGGCUCGUAAUUUAGCCGGUCGUGUCAUUCAGAAGUUCACAGUCGGUUCAGAAGACAUUCCUAAGGAGAAUCUCCGUCAGCCGCAGAUUGUCCACGUACACAUGAACAUGACGGGUGAUGAGGCCGCGGACAUGAUGCUGACGUGUCUGGUGACGGGCACGCCACCACCUCUGCUGUCAUGGUGGAGAAGCUACGGACCCGGAGAAUUCAAGAGGAUUUGGCCGAGCCCGCGAUACCAGAUGGACGGGUCGGACACUACUGACGGGUCCGUGCUAACACUUGUCAUCCCUAAGGCGACCCCAGAGGACGAUGGGUUGUAUCGGUGCUCGGCCGUGAGCGUUGCCGGAUCAGCCGGCCAGGUGUCUAGGGUACAACUGCCAGGCGGGCCCCCAGAGAACUUACGGUCCCCGAGCAUUGAGCAAGUCCACAUGAACAGGACGAGUGGGCCGGGAGAGCACCUGAUGGUUACCUGUGUGGCUGAGGGAAACCCCGCCCCCGAGAUGAGAUGGAUGAGGGAAGAGGAGGAUGGUACCUUCAGAAAUGUCGGGGCUCAUGCUGAGGACGUGACUAUAGAGGAUUACAAAGGCGAGGAGAAAUCCGUUCUGACCCUAGUCGUGGAGAAUGCAACGCCCAAGGACUGGGAUGGCAUGUACAGGUGUCAUGCUGUGAAUUACGCCGGAAAAACACACCAAGACUUCAAGCUGGGUGUUCAAGUCUCACAGCCUGCUGACCUCAUCCCCCCUUUCAUUGACCGAGUUCACGUGAACAGCACCGGGCCUCUUCAGGAUGACGUCAUGAUAACUUGUCGAGCUCGCGGAGUUCCCCCGCCUCUUAUGAACUUGCUACUGAAGGAUGACCAAGGAGUAUAUAACUUCAUUAAGCCUGCCAGCGAGGAGGGUGCUAUAGUGCAGGAGCAGAAGGACGCCACUGUGCUUGCACUCAUCCUCACUAAUCCCCCGAAUGCUGGACGAGGAAGUUAUCGAUGCCAGGCCGCAAACAUUGCCGGCGUGGUCAGAGAGGACUUCGAUUAUAACACCCCAGUGCUGGGUGGUGAGGGUGAACAACACCCCCACGUGAGUCGUAUCCAUGUGGACAGGGCUGGAGAUUUUAAUGAGGACGUGACCGUGAUGUGUAAGGCUACCGGAAACCCAGCCCCACACAUGAAUUGGUGGAAAUACAGGGGCAAAGAAUUCCAGCUCGUUUGGCCUGGAGAAGAUGUAAUCAUAGAACAGAACGAUAUCCCUGACGGUAGCCAGUUAACCAUGAGGAUCCGACAGGCUACCUCAGACGCCGAUGGCGAAUACCUUUGUUCGGCAGCGAAUUAUGUGGGGACAGCCAAACAGCGCUUCGAUUUCAAGGUGUUUGAAUCCCCCCCUGAGGACCUGGUCGCUGCUCAUAUUAGCUGGCUACACUUCAAUAGAACCGGGCCCUACAAGAAGGGUCUCCUAAUCACGUGUCUGGCGCACGGAAACCCUACCCCAGAGAUGAGGUGGUACAAGCGAUCAGACAAUGACCGCGAUAGACUCGUCCUGCCAACAAACGACAUCAGCAUAGAACAGGUGUCGGAGGGUCGUGACACCACGUUAACUCUGGCUAUAGAUAAUCCUGCCGACUCGGACGGUGGACUGUACACCUGUGAGGCGGCUAAUGUGGGAGGGACCGCCAGUUACAAUGUCAAUGCUGUUCUUUCCGAGGAGCCGGUGAAGGACAAGCUGCCCCCACACAUCACACGUAUCCACGUGGACCGUGCUGGGGACAACCGAGAGCACAUUUCCAUGUACUGCCAGGCCUCAGGCUUCCCACCACCAGAUAUCAAAUGGAUGAAGGACAUGGCCCCACAGGGCAGACAGAUUGAUUACCGCUAUAUCUGGCCCGUAGGACGUGUGGAAGCUAGAGAAGAGAAAAGCUAUAACUCGACGACAGUUCACCUGUUGAUAAAGUCUGUGGAGCCAGAGGACGCCGGUAACUACCUGUGUCUGGCGGCAAACCUCGCGGGCGAGGUGCAGCAAGCCUUUGAUGUCCAUACUGCAGACAAACUUCCGGAGAACACAGAGACACCCCAUGUGGAAUGGAUCCACAUGAACCGAACAGGCAUAAACAACAACGACAUGGCGAUUACGUGUGUGGCUCGAGGUCUGCCCCCGCCGGAGGUGUGGUUCUACCGAGGUGACCCCCGCAAGGGCACUGAACUCAUCACGCCAUCGGCACGAAACAGCUUCUACCAGAUCCAAAGCUCUGCCAAGACAACACUAAAAUUGACUUUACGGAACAUUAGAGAUGACGACGCUGGGCCGUACCUUUGCAAAGCGACCAACUUAGCUGGUUAUCGAAGUCAUCCGUUUGAGGUUGUAGUGACAGAGCCGGAGAUUCCCGACCAACGCCUACCUCAUGUUAGCCAUAUCCGAGUGAGCCGGACCGGCAUCAAAAACCAGCACGUGCUGAUGACGUGCGAGGCGGAGGGGAACCCCGCCCCCGAGCUCAACUGGUGGCGCAAUGAGGGCACAGCAGAUACUCCGCAGUUCAGACUGCUCUGGCCUGGAGACAAAUAUGAGAUACACCAGAAGCAAGAGGCGGAGAAAACAUCUCUCAGCCUGACCAUCAAGGAUGUGGACGAGUCCACUUUAGACACCUACCUGUGUUCAGCGGCCAAUAUCGGCGGUCAGGCUCGACAGAGGUUUGAGCUGACCGCCUUACCGUCUGUGAAGAAAGAUGAAGAUGAGCCCCACGUUGAGCGCCUCGUUGUGACAAGGACGGAAGACAGUGAGCUUCAGCUGACGUGUUCUGCUGCGGGGUUACCUCCCCCUGAUAUACAGAUGUACAAGUUGGACGAAACAGGAGCUUACCAGCUGUUGAAGCCGAGGAAUCGUGUACGCUUCUUUGAGACGAAUGGUGCUGACAGUACAGACUUACAAGUGACGAUACAGCAGGCGACCGAGAAGGACGCGGGAAGCUAUCUGUGUUCAGCCUCUAACCCGUUAGGGGCGGCCCGAGAAGUCACGGACUACACCCUUCAAGAUGCUCCAUACGAAGACGAGGUUCCUCCUCACAUCAGCCACAUUCACAUGAACAGAACAACCGAAGACGGUGCUGGCGUCAUGGUCACGUGUUUAGUUCUGGGAUCGCCUGCCCCAACAGUUACAUGGUGGAAGGAUUACAGCGAGAGGGGUGGCCAGGAUUACAGACUACUGCCACCCGUGGGUACGCACAGAAUUCGCCAGGAGAAAUUCUUGGACCAUACAAUCGCUACCUUGGUCAUGCCAGCAGCUACUCAGCGAGAAGAUGGAUGGUACAGGUGUGAAGCCACUAACCCCUGGGGUGAGGUCAACCAAGAGUUUGAAGUCAUAGUUCAAGUUGACAUGCCCAGAGUCGAACCGCCGCAUGUUACACGGAUCAGUGUGAACAAGACCGGUGCCAACAAACAGGAUUUGACGCUGACGUGUGUGGCCUCCGGGGAACCGGCCCCUGGGAUGCACUUCUACAGGCAAUCUGAUGAUGGCAACUUCUACCUUGUGCUGCCUGCUUCAGAAGAGGACAUCUCGGAGAGACGAGGAGCAGGGGAGACAGCCCUUCAGCUUGUCAUCAAAGACUUCACCUUGGAGGAUUUCGGCCUCUACCGAUGCGCCGCGGCCAAUCUUGGAGGGACAGUGUCUCAAACCUUCAACGUGCAGAUAGAUGAUACCCCUCGGGAAGAUCAGGAGAGGCCUUACAUUACCCGGAUUUUUGUGGAUAGGUCUGGUGAUGACCCCAGAGAUGUAAUGUUGACGUGUGUGGCUAAUGGCGUACCGGCGCCACAAAUGCGCUGGCGUCCGAGAGAUUUGUCUGGUUCGGAUAUUACCCUGCCAUCAAACCGUUUCGAUGUUGAGCAAGUCAGAUUUGAGGACUACAGCGUGAUUGUUCUGACAAUAAAACGGGCAACUUUCGCCGACGAUCGGACGUUUAUCUGUGAAGCAGCUAACAUCGUGGAUCGCGUCACACAACCAUUCAGCCUCCGCGUCUUUGCUACGCCACCUGAAGAUCUGUUGGCGCCUAAAGUUUCGUCAUUUUACGUUAACCAAUCGGGGGCAGACGUAAAUAUGUACUGCGUGGCUGAUGGUCAGCCUCCCCCGGACCUCUACCUGUCUAAGUUAGACGCCACAGGCAACUAUAUUGCCGUCAAGCCACGCAUUGGUCUGGAUUUCACCCAGAAGAAAGAGGACCAGAGGACAAUAUUGAGAUUACACAUUAAAGACGCCUCCGAGGCAAACGUUGGUGAUUACAUUUGUACAGCCUCUAGUUUGAUUGGAACAAGCCGACGCAAGUUUGAAUUUACUGUCAAAGAAAUUAUGCCAGUGGAGGUUCAAGGUAGGCCGUACGUAAGGCGAAUCCUGGUAGACGAGCCGCAGGAAGGCAGCAAAGUUCUUAAGGUGAAGUGCUUUGGGGAGGGGGACCCUUCACCUAACAUGAUGUUUUUCCGAAGAAACGCCCAAUCAGGCCUUGAUGAAAGGAUUAAGAGUGGCGGUCGGUAUAAGGUACGGAAAGUUAACCUGCCAGACGGCGUGUUGCUGGAAGUGAAGGUGUCGGAUGCUGGACCUAGUGACACGGGCGUUUACAUCUGCAGAGCUGUUAAUAAGAAAGGCACAUACAGAACCAAGUUCAACCUCACGGUGGAAGAAUUUACGACUGUGCGAAAAGGUGCGCCAGAAUUCAUUCAGCCUCGGGUGGAGAGAACAGGAAAUAAUGGCGAGGAUGUUCAGGUCACGUGUCGAGCUCGCGGAGAUCCAGCUCCGGACAUGCUGUUCCUCCGCCAGGAAAAGGACGGACCAGAGACUAAGUACCAGGCAAUUACGACUGACGGCAGGUACAUAGUGGAGGAGAAGAAAGGUGAGGUGGAGACCGUGCUAAAGGUGACCAUUCGACAAGCCAGAUCCUCGGACGCCGGCACGUAUGUGUGCUCGGCCAGGAACAGAAAGGGCUCCCCCAGACAACAGUUCACAUUGAGCAUACAAGAAAGCCUGGUUCCAAUCGACUCACAGCAGGCGCAGGACAAGGCACAGGAACAGGAAGGCCGGCCCCGGUUUGGUGGCGUCCAAGUGCUGCGCAGUGGGGUAAAUGACGCCGACAUCACCGUCACCUGUCAAUCAGAUGGCAAGCCCGCCCCUCUGAUGGAAUUUUUCAGGGAAAUAGAUGGCCAGUUUACACAAAUCAAGAGCGGCGGCCGGUACGUGAUCUACCCCUCCUAUGUGGAGUCCGGAUCCUCCCUGCAGGUGGUCAUCCGCCAGGCCACGCCAGAGGACGCAGGCAACUACAUGUGUACGUCCAGCAACAUCCACGGCAAGAUCCAGCAACGCUUCACUCUCACCAUAGAAGAACAAGAGGUUCAGCAGGGACAACAACCGUCCGAAGAAGAUAAGGAAUGGUUAGAACAACAACAACGCCAAUACCGUGGCACGACAGUUCCACCAAUAGUUCCCGCCCGGCUGCCUGAGUUCCGGGAUGUUCAGGUUCAGAGGUCCGGUCCGUCAGACGCCCACAUGACGGUUGUCUGUGAGGUCAGGGGUCAGCCGGCUCCUUCCCUUGAGAUCGUAAGAUACGGAAGAUCGGGGGCAGAUAGUGACUACACUUCUAUACAGACUGGUGGACGGUAUACAGUUACUAGAGCGGCGAUCCCAGGCGGCUCACGACUUACUCUCAUUGUGUCGGACGCCCAAGCGGCCCGCGACAGGGGCACGUACAUGUGUAUAGCACGGAACCCGUACGGAACCGCCCGCCAACAGUUCACGCUCAACUUCCAAGAGACUGAUGUGAGUUACCGGCAGACGGAGGAUCAAGUCGAUAAAGUUGCGCCCAGCUUUCAGGACGUCCAGGUAGACCGUGCCGGUGUGAACCAAGCUGACGUGGUUGUCAUGUGUAGAGUGAGUGGGUCCCCCGCCCCCGACAUGCGUCUGUGGCGCCAAGUGACGACGGACGGACAAACGGACUUCGAACGCAUACGGACGGGAGGCCGUUACGUAUUGGACGUUCAGAAGCACACAGGCUACAGCAUUCUGAGGGCGGAGAUCAGGGACGCCAUAGACGAUGACGCGGGCAUAUACAUGUGUGGUGGCAACAACGACGCGGGCUCCAAUAGACAACAGUUUUCUCUCACCAUUGACAAGCCUGACACUGCUGAGGAAGGCGCACCAACGUUUGAGGAUGUGAAAGUGGAUCGCAAGGGCAGCCACGGGGAGGAUGUAGUGAUCACGUGCAUAGUACAGGGUUCUCCCGCCCCGGACAUACGGCUGUGGCGGGAGGGGACCGGAACUGACACCACCUCAUUCCGGGGAAUACAGACAGGGGGUCGUUACGUCGUCAGUCAGAAUACUUCCGGUGAUAAGACCGUCCUCCGAGCUGUGAUUCGCCAAGCCACGUCCGCUGACGCCGGAACUUACUACUGCUCUGCUCAAAACCCCAAAGGUUCACUUCGGCAGCAGUUUUCUCUAACAGUGGAUGAUAAACCGUCCCACCCGGAGGGUUACCCCAUCUUUGAGGAUGUCCAGGUAGAUCGGACAGGUAGGAACCGAGAUGACGUGGUCGUCACGUGCAAAGUGAAUGGAUCCCCGGCUCCGACAGUAAACCUGUGGCGGGAAGUGACGGGCCCGGAUGGCACCAAAUACCAGAAUGUCCGGACUGGAGGCCGAUACACCGUAGAGCAGAACCAAUACGCGGACUACUCGGUGGCGAGAGCAGUGAUCCGGUCCCGCCUCAUCAAGUGACGCCGGUACAUACCUGUGCUCCGCCCAGAACUCCCACGGAUCUAUCCGCCAGGAGUUUUCUCUAACCAUCGGGGGUGAAUCCAUCCAAGGGACAAGUCAAGAUUCACAACAAAAUCAAGUUGAAACUAUUGCACCCAAUCGCCCCGAGGGCUACCCUAAGUUUGAGGACGUCCAGGUGGACCGGACAGGUGUUAGCCGAGCUGACGUCGUGGUUACCUGUAGAGUGAGUGGCUUUCCCGCACCUAACGUCCACCUCUGGCGAGAAGUAAAGACGGACGGACAGACGGACUAUCAGCGCAUACGGACUGAUGGGCGCAUAUUUGUUGAUCAACGGAAGUACGACCGCUACACGCUUCUGCGCGGUAUUAUUCGGGGAGCCACAUCGGCAGACGCCGGCAUCUACCUCUGCUCGGCAGACAAUAGCCUGGGCUCACUACGGCAGCAGUUUAGACUAACUC